AGAAUACUAUUUACACACACAUAUAACACUCAUUCCGUCACUCACUCACCUCAUUCUCUCUCUCUCACACACAUACACAUACUUCCUAUUUUACAAAGUUUUAUUUCUCCUCGUUCGUUCUAUUGUGAGUCUCGCGACUCACGUUUAUCUAUUAAUAUAAAAUUAUUUGUCUUUUUCUACGUCCGUCGUCCAGUACCGUUUGUGUUCUCCUCGGUGGAUUUCUUCGAAUAAUAAGAUAUUUGCAUGGAAUUUAGCUGUGAUACUCAUCCAAUAUUUAAGAUUUUAUGUACUUAUAUUUAUCCUGAAGUGUCAACUUUUAUACACCUACACUGGUGUCUCAUAUCAUAAUAUCCAGUUUAUUGUUGGAUACGAAAGAGGAGGAGACAUAUUCGUCCCAGCAGGUGACACGUAAAGACACGACGGACGUCUACGCAGAACGCGGGGGUGCUUCUCGUGUCUUCGGAGGAAGGGACGACGCCCGUUCUGAAUCCAAUCAGCAACCGCGUUGGAUACCUCCCUCGAUAAUCAGACGCGAUGCACUCGCCCAAGAGGACGCCAAUGAUGCCGUGUUUCGCAAGGUGCGCGGCAUUCUUAAUAAGCUUACGCCAGAUAAAUUUCAAAAACUGAGCGACGACAUUUUGCAAAUUGGAUUAAACACCAGCGUUGUCCUGAAGGGUGUCAUAUUUUUGAUUUUCGAAAAAGCUCUCGAUGAACCUAAGUAUAGUUCUAUGUACGCACAGCUAUGCAAACGGCUUAGCGACGAAGCAUCGAAUUUCUUAAUUGAUCAAGAUCCCAACACUUUUCGAGAAUUAUUACUGAAAAGGUGUAAGGUUGAGUUUGAUAACCGUUCCCAAGCAACUGCUGAGUUUGACAAUGACAAUGGAACACCAUUAUCUCCAGAAGACGAAGAAAGACGACAGGUGGCUAAGCGCAAGAUGUUGGGCAACAUACGCUUCAUCGGCGAACUUGGCAAGUUGGAGAUUGUGGCGGAACAAAUAUUGCACUUGUGCAUUCAACAGUUAUUCCCGCGGAAGUCCAAUGUCAAGGACGCGGCGGAGGACCUCGAGUGCUUGUGUCAGAUAAUGAAAACAUGUGGUCGCAUAUUGGACACGGAAAAAGCAAAACCACUGAUGAAUCAGUAUUUUGAUAGAAUUGCUCAGUAUGCUGAAAAUCCUGAACUGCCGUUGAGAAUCAAAUUUAUGUUGUUGGACACCAUGCAAUUGAGAAAGGACAACUGGGUACCACGAAAAGCUACUACCACAGAAGGUCCUAUGCUCAUGGAUCAGGUGACUGAUAUUGUAAGUGGAGAGACAAACGGGCAGAAUCAGAGAAAUAACCAAAUGCAAAAUGUGAAUCAGUCAAAAGAAAUGUUUAGACGUUCACUAAAAAUACGAGAUGAUAUGAUAAGUUCCACUCCGGUGUUACCUUUUAACUCAACAAUGCCGGAUAAAUUUAAUUCCAUAAAUGGUUUUACCAAUUCAAGUAAUUAUUAUAAUGUUAAUGGUCGCAAGAACCAAGGAUUAUUGAAUCUAAAUUCUAGCAACAAUUUUUAUUCAUCAGCUAGAAUAAAUUAUACCAUUAACACUCAGCAAAAUAAUAAUACUAAUAAUAAUAUGAACAACAACAACAUGAAAGAUCUAGGUCCCAAUAUUAAAAAACUUUUGCGUGCACAACAGGGCACAAAACCAGAAGACAUGUCCUUACGUCCAGCUGCUAAUAGUAUGUUGUGUAAGCCAAUUCAAUUGAAACCGCCCCCAAUUUCUAUGACUCACAUGGGUCAAUCUAAUCAAAUUAAAUCAACAGAAAUACAACAAAUUCAGAUCAAACAAAAUGCUCACGAUAAACAUAAACACUUAAAGAAAGAUAAAGGUGUUUCUAAAGAAGAAGCAAUUAAAAAAGGAUUAGAUAUUUUAGAUAAACUUUGCACUGAUCCAUCGAUGGAUGCUGUUAAAGCAGUUAAAGCAUUUGCUGAUAUUAAAGUACCGGAUAGAUUUUUGGCUGAUGUGAUGUAUGUCCUUCUAUUUGAUCGACUUCGCAAGAGAGUUGAUUUGGAUGAAGAAUUAUUAUUCCGUUUUAUACAGGAGACUAAAAAACAAAAUAUUGUUUCUGAUGUAUUUGCCAUAGAUUGUCUUAAACGUUUUAUAUUGAAAGGACCUGAGUAUGAGUCUGAUGAUGAUAAAACUUUAUACAAACGUUUUUCCAAGUAUGCUGCUGAAAUAUGUCAAAAUGUUUCUUCUUUAUCAGAACUUGCAGAAGUAUCAGAAAAUGGCAAAAGAUAUCCAGCAUUUUUAAUGGUUUUACAAGAGUUGAAUGAAGUAAUUGGAAAAAAUGAAUUAAUAACAGUAUUCAAAGAAAGCAAAGUCAAUAUACUUAAUACAUUACCAGAUUCAUUGAGAACUAAAGAACAACUUGCAGAAAUUUUACAAGAACGUAAUUUGACUUUCCUUUUUCCAUUGUUACGUAUACAAUCUGAUUUAUGGAAACAAAUCACUAGCGAUCCAAAUCCAACUCAAUUUUAUAAAUGGAUCAAAGAAAAUUUAGAUCCCGUCCAUUACACCGAUCCUGGUUUUAUAACAGCAUUAACCACAGUGAUGGUUAAAUUUAUUACUCAAGAGACAAAUAGUACAGAAGUAAAUGCCCCAAAAUCUGAUUUAGAAAAGGAGAAAAGUCUACUAGAAAAAUUCAAGCCAAUUAUGAGAACAUUUUUUGAUGACCGCAUUGAUUUGCAAAUGAAUGCUAUUUAUGCAUUACAAACAUAUUUCUAUUCACUUGAUUUUCCUAAAGGAUUGUUGCUUAGAUGGUUCAAUUUAAUGUACGAGUUGGAAUUUGUUGAAGAAGAAGCUUUCUUAAAGUGGCGUGAAGAUGUAACAGAUGCAUAUCCAGGAAAAGGGAAAGCGUUGUUCCAAGUUAACACUUGGCUAACAUGGUUAGCUGAAGCUGAGUCCGAAGAUGAAGAAGAUGAUGACGAUUAA